AUGCUCAGCCAUUGGCUAUGCUAUGCUAACAGCGCUGUUAAUCCACUCAUUUACAAUUUCAUGUCAGGUAAGUUCCGGAAAGAGUUUCGAAGGAGCUUCGGGCCUUGCUUCCACACCAGGAGGCCAGGUCGCUCUUGCAGGCUCAGCGUCAUCGUACCAAAAACGGAGACGAUCCCCCUCAGCUCCACAAUCUUCAAGGUCGACUAA